AUGGCAUCCUUUGAUGGGCCAAAGUUCCAGAUGACUGAUGGCUCUUACGUUCAGACCAAAGCCAUUGAUGUUGGAUCAUCAACGGACAUCUCUCCAUACCUCUCUCUUAUCAGAGAAGAUUCGAUCUUGAAUGGAAACCGAGCGGUGAUCUUCGAUGUGUAUUGGGAUGUCGCAUUCCUCGAAACAGGAACCAAAAAGUCAGGGUGGAGUCUAUCGUCCGUGAAGCUGAGCACGAGAAACCUAUGCCUCUUCCUCCGACUCCCUAACCCUUUUCAUGACAACCUCAAGGACCUGUACCGUUUCUUUGCUUCAAAGUUUGUCACUUUCGUUGGAGUGCAGAUCGAGGAAGACCUGGACUUGCUUAGGGAAAACCACGGUCUUGUCAUAAGAAACGCGAUUGAGGUCGGGAAACUGGCUGCCAAAGCCCGUGGAACUCUGUUGCUUGAGUAUCUCGGGACGAGAGAGUUAGCGCACAGGGUCUUGUGGUCUGAUUUGAGCCGGCUGGAUUCGAUUGAGUCGAAGUGGGAGGAGAAAGGGUCUGAAGACCGUCUUGAAGCUGCAGCCAUUGAAGGAUGGCUUAUCUUCAAUGUUUGGGAUCAAUUAUCCGAGUGA